AUGGCUGCUCUAACUGAUGUCAGAACCACAGAGCUCAGAGAGCCAGUGGAUGUGGCUACUUAUCUUUUCACCAGGCUCAAGCAGAUUGGCAUCGACUCGGUCCACGGUCUGCCUGGCGAUUUCAAUCUGGUAGCCCUCGACUAUCUUGAGGGCUGCGGCCUCCAAUGGGUGGGAAAUUGCAACGAGCUCAACGCGGGCUAUGCCGCCGACGGCUAUGCUCGAGUCAAAGGGAUCUCAGCUGUCAUUACCACCUUUGGAGUCGGGGAGCUAUCUCUCCUCAAUGCAACCGCAGGAAGGCGAGUCACCUUCGCUGAGUUCGUGCCAGUGGUGCAUAUUGUGGGGACGCCGAGUACCAUAUCUCAGAAAAAUGGCAUGCUUCUACAUCACACCCUGGGCAACGGGAACUUCAAUGUUUUCGCCGAAAUGGCUGGCCAUCUAGCGUUGGAAGUCGCCAAAUUGACGGACCCUCGCGACAUUGCCUCACAAAUUGACCAUGUACUUCGCGAGUGCUACCUCAGCAGUCGGCCCGUCUACUUGACACUUCCCACGGACAUGGUCAAACGGAAGGUCGAGGGCCAAAGACUCAAGACCCCACUGGACCUGAGCCCGCACAAGAAUGAUCCAGAAAAGGAAGAGUACGUGGUCGACGUGGUCUUGAAGUAUUUGACAGCUGCCAAGAACCCAGUUAUUCUGGUUGACAGCUGCGCCAUUCGUCACCGCGUCUUGCCCGAGACCCACGAGUUGAUCGUGAAGUCGGGUCUCCCCGUGUUCGUGGCGCCCAUGGGCAAAGGUGCCGUCGAUGAGACCUUGCCCACCUUUGGUGGUAUCUAUGCCGGCGAUGCCUCCAACCCUGGAGUCCAGGAGCGCGUUGAAGCGGCUGAUUUGCUCAUCACUAUCGGCAGCGUAAAGUCCGACUUCAACACUGCAGGAUUCUCCUAUAGAACCUCGCAGCUGAAGACAAUCGAUUUCCACAGUACAUACACGCGCGUCCGAUAUUCAGAGUAUCCUGGGGUCGGAAUGAAAGGCGUCCUUCGCAAAGUCAUUGACCGACUGCCCAAACUGAACAUCGAGCCUGGCCCUACACUGCAUCAGAAAGAGAUCCCCAAAGACGAUAAUCCCAACGACUCUACCAUCACGCACCGUUGGUUUUGGCCGCGAUUGGGACAGUGGCUGCGAGAUGGUGACAUUGUGCUCACUGAGACAGGAACUUCAAACUAUGGCAUAUUUGACACAAGAUUCCCCAAAAAUGUGAUCAACAUCAGCCAGAUCCUAUGGGGAAGCAUUGGAUAUGCGACUGGUGCGUGCCAGGGUUCGGCAUUGGCCGCCAAAGAGCUGGGUGGUAACCGUCGGACCAUCCUCUUCACCGGCGAUGGCAGCUUCCAGCUCACUUGCCAGGAAGUAAGCACGAUGAUCCGACAUAACCUCAACCCGAUCAUUUUCAUCGUCUGCAAUAACGGCUACACCAUCGAACGUUUCAUCCACGGGAUGAAAGCAGGCUACAACGACAUCCAAAACUGGAAGUACAAGGAGCUGGUCCCAACCUUUGGGGCAGAGGAGGGCAGCUACAAGACAUACCAAGUCAAAAGCAAGGAGGACAUUCAUGCUUUGUUCCAGGACAAAACCUUUUCAUCGGCCCCGUACCUGCAAUUGGUUGAAAUGUACAUGCCAUGGGACGAUUCCCCGGCAGGAUUGUCUGUUACCGCGGCUGCCAGUGCUCGGAACAAUGCCAAAAUGCUGGAGACGUCCUAG